AUGCCGCCCUCGCAACCGAAAAAGCCGGAUGUCUCUGCUGCCGCCAAGGAGCGCAACGAAUACAUCCCCUCGUUCAUCUCGAAAAAGCCCUUCUAUGCUGUCGAUGAGACCGGCGAAGACAACACCGAUUAUCUUGAGCAUCAACGUCUACAGAAGCAGGAACAGGACUCGCAAUGGUACGAUCGUGGGAAAAAGAUUGGUCCCGCCGCGACCAAGUUUCGCAAAGGCGCAUGCGAGAAUUGCGGAGCCAUGACACAUAAGAAGAAAGACUGCUUGAGUCGGCCGCGCAAGGCUGGCGCCAAGUUCACUGGGAAGAACAUUGAGGCCGACGAGGUGAUUCAGGAUGUGCAACUGGGCUUUGACGCUAAGCGUGACCGCUGGAAUGGCUACGAUGCGUCACAAUUCCAGGAAGUCAUUGAGGAAUAUACUGCCAUGGAGGAGAUACGAAAGAAGGCCAAGCAGGCGCAAAAGAGCGAAGAGAAGGAGGAUGAGGAGGAUGAGGGCGACAAAUACGAUGCUGAGACGGACAUGGGGAGGAAGCAAGCCACAUCCACGCGAAACUUGAGACUACGAGAGGACACGGCCAAAUAUCUGCUCAACCUGGAUCUCGACUCAGCCAAGUACGACCCGAAGACGCGAUCCAUGGUGGACAGUGGUGCAACAGCGGACAGUGCCGCUCGACUAGUGGCAGAGGAAGGCUUUCAGCGUGCAUCGGGGGACGCAGCAGAGUUCGAAAAGGCCCAGCGAUAUGCUUGGGAGACACAGGAACGGGGAGAUAAGAACAAACUACAUUUACAAGCGAAUCCAACGUCGGGUGAGGUUAUGCGCAAAAAGGAGUUACAAGAAGCAGAGGAGAUGGCAGCCGCUCGAAAGAAGGCGCUCGCUGAGAAGUAUGGCGUUCAGGAGAAUGAUACCGCAAACACACUGCGCACCUUGGCAGUCACCGAAAAUGAGCGAUACGUCGAAUACGAUGAGCGAGGCCGCAUCAAGGGAGCAACCCAAGUCAAAGUCAAAUCGAAGUACCCCGAGGACAUACUCCUCAACAAUCACACGUCAGUUUGGGGGAGUUGGUGGUCUAAUUUCCAGUGGGGAUUUGCCUGUUGUCACUCGACAGUCAAAAACUCGUACUGCACCGGUGAUGCUGGAAAGGAGGCAUUCGAGCUCGCAGAUCGUAUGCGAACCGGCGCUGAAUUGGUGGAAGUGCCCGAAGAGAUUGCCUGGAAGGAGGAAGAGGCCCAACAGGAGCACGUGCCCAACGCUCCCGAUCGUGCUCAGAAAGCGAAGCAGGAUGCUGCCAGCCGAAAACGGGCGCUUGAAGAAAUGAUUGGUGGUGUCAACGAAGAAGAGAUGGAGGAGUAUCGACGGAAGCGAACCAUGGCGGCCGACCCCAUGGCAGCAUAUCUGGCCAAAGGCAGUCAAAGUGAGGCGGUAUAA